UAGACCGUCUCGAUUCAAAAAGUAAUUAACCGGAACAAAAUAAAUCCCCUAGAUAAAUAUUAUCAAAAGACAAUGACAUUUAACUCGCGAAUAUCUUCAACUAAUUACGGAAGUUCUCCUGAGAUUGAAGUUUGUAUAAUAUAUCAGACGUAGUAGAGUACUAACUCACAAUAUAAGUUAAACACUUUGAACCACAUCGAGAACAAUGCUCGUAAUUACACAUGCUCAAUUUACAUAACAAUAUUUCAUCUCCAUUAAAGUUCAGUGAGUGUUCUGUGUGGCAACAGAUGCGACUGCUCCUUUAUUAAUAAUCCAAAUUUCUAGAAUAAUGAAAUUCUGUGCGUGCUAGUUUUCAAAUUAGAUUGUAUCGACGUAAAAAGUGUGUUAAUUAACGUUCAGCAACAUUCAAAGGACAGAAUUCUCACACCACUUUUAUGACUUAUUUUAAAUUUGGUAACAUUGAUUUUGUUUGUAGUUGACGUAUAUUACUGACAGAAAAACAUGAAUAUUGACUCGAAUAAAUUUGUUUAUUCAAAUUAGGAUCUUACAAUGAUUACGCGCAACAUUUUCAACAUUAAAAUAAACAAAUCCGCAUUUGCAUUACAUUCUUCGCAAAUUUAAGAGAUAAAAAGUGGCAUAUUUAAUUAUUGUUUUAAUGCGCCGCCUCUAAAUAGUCUCAGAUUGUCUAGAAACGGGAACAAGUUGUUGUUAAUGAGCAAAUUAGACGUCACGAGCUUCGUUCGACCCGCUCCUCUCGCUCGCUCCAAGUACCACGCUCUUAAUAUUAUAUCAAUUUAAAAUUUUUUAAACUCUGAUGUUUAACGUCUGACGACUGUGACACUUUUGUUUACGCUAAAUUACAAUUUGGAAAAUAAAUUACGAAAUACAUCAACGGCUCAAAUGUGAGUUAUGGAGUAACAGCGUCGAGCAAAUGUGUAUUCUUGUUGAAUAAUUCUGGUGCAUUGUAGCAAGUUUUGUCUCCGUCUAGAUGCUGUGUAGGUAUUCGUGUCGGCAAAAUUAAUUGUAGCAGAUGAUCAAUAAUCGCUAACACUGGAAUAUAAUUGAAUCUUGUUGCUGCAUCUGUUCUCCACAAAGACAUUCACCCAAGAAAUUACAAAACAGCAAUUCGAUUAAUUUCUCUAGGGAGUUAUUUACAAGAUAUUGUUUAGAUGAGACACAGCAUAUCUCGAGUGGCUCAAUCGUUUUUUAUCAUCCGUUUGUUUGUGAAAAAACAAAACACUCUAUAUUAAUAUAUGCCCUACUGGUGCAAUUCAUCACACUCUCUCGACAUAAAGAACCCUAGCGCCUUUGUCAUAAAUUACAGACCACACCAUUAUUGUCAAAGGAUGUUUCACGGUCUGUGCGAUACAAUCAGGACAGAAUCCAACUUGCUACUUCCACAUUAGACAAUUAGCAUGUUUAAAAUGUGAAAACCCACACCCUAAUUAUAGAAUAACGCGAUGGAAUAUUUUAUAAGAAACGUCCAAUACAAAAUUCGUUAUUUUGUUAUCCUGAAAAUAUUUUUCAAGCUAAAAAUAGAGCCGACUUAAAAGUCACGGUUGUUUGUCAUAAUGUGAUUUUGUUUGGGUUUUUCCUAGAGUGAAUUGAAAGCCUAAUCGAAUUUGCUUUUGUUUUUAUCCUGAAUAAUCAUAAGAACAUCCAGCUAAAUUCGCGCCUGAAGGUCAGGAUUUAAGGAUUCCGCCGACUCUCGUGUUUCCAUUAAAGUUUCAUGUGGGUACUCGGAUUUUAUAUAUAUAUUUUUUUUACAUAUUUAUAACGACAAAUUUCUUCGCUGCGGAAAAAUACCGAGGCAACCUUGCCGAGUUCCUGAUACAAACGCUUCCUAAUUCUGUUUGUGACGCUUUACCACUCUAGAUCCAAUAAAUCUCCAGUUAAUAACAAUACACCAUGCAUAAAACAAUAAUUAUAAUAAAAAAACACUAAAGCGAUUAUGAUCUAGAAAAUUUCCGCAACGUCCUUUUUGUGGUUUACAACCAGUAUUUAAUACUUUAAUUAGGAAAAAUAAUUUACGCAACCUUAUAAUAUUUAAAUUAGAAUCAAGACGCUCUAACGCAAUAAUAAUGGUCAAUGUCAUUACCAUCAGACCCGCCUAGUCAAAUUUGGAAACCCCCCCAAACAAAAGCGCGAACGUAAAAAUGGGUUUUUACAGCCACAACAAUUUCAAUAAAACAAAAAAGUCUUUAAUAAAUAUUACACACGUUAUUGCCGCCAAACAUCCAUCUGCCAGUUUCUGUAAACAAGACUUUUCGAUCUUUCGCAUGUCUAUUUAAACACACUACAUCAUGUCGCAGUUUUUCAAUGUCCACAAACUGGAUUUCUUAACAAUGCAUAUUUUCAGGACUACUUAUAUAAGCCAGUGGCUAAAUUAAAACCAGUCAGUAGCCUGUUCAAUCACAGACAAGAUGAAUUUUCUUAUCCUUGCUUCUUUGUGUUGUUUCGUCCUAGUUAUAAAUGCAGCCACCGUCCCGCUCACCGAGGAAGAGAUUAACAACCCCGCACUCAUAAGGCAAAGAAGGUCCCCGCUCCUAUUGACCGCUCUAGGGGCCGCAGGACUCGUCGGAGCCGGAAUCGUGGGGGCCGGACUCGCAGGACUCGCAGGAGCAGGACUUGUGGGGGCGGGACUAGGGGCUAAGGCUGGAUUUGCAGCCGGGGCUUUGGCGGGAUCUGCGGGCAGGUCUUAUGGUGGAUACUAUUAUGAUUACGGACACUACGGACACGUGGAUAGGGAUUACGAAUACAAAGCGCAAGUUAGAGUGCGAGUAUAGAACUUGUUAGGUGGCUAUGACAAAAUUUUUUCACUCUUAAUAAAUUAAAUAAAACAAA